AUGCUCUCCAAAGACCUUGGUCGCCUUCUCGUCCUAUCAGCAUUUGUAGCACUUUGUGCUAUUGUGCUAUUCCCAUCUGAAGUAGAGGGAGGAUAUGGUGAUGUUGCCAAAGCUCGAGGUGGUGUAAGACGGCGUUAUCCUUUUGGAAAAUUCCACCCAGGAUAUCCUUUUAAAAGAGGAUUUCCAGGUAAAUACAGAGGAAGGGGAAGAGGAAGAGGAAAACUCGGCAAAGGAAGAAGAGGAUACAGGUUUGGAAAGAAAUUCGGAAAGCGCUUCGGACUGAAAAGAGGAAGGGGAUACGGACGACGAAAGGGGCUCAAGAAAGGAAGGGGAAGGAAAUAUAAAUUUGGAAGGAGAGGAAAGGGUUAUGGCAGACGCCGAGGAAAGAAAAGGAGUGGAAGGAAAUACGGAAGGGGAAGAGGAAAAGGAAAGGGGAGAAGGAGAGGAAGGAAAUAUAGAGGAGGAUAUGGACCCAGAAAGCGUGUUGGAGGAAAAAGACGUAUAGGAGGAAAGUACAGGAAAGGGUACCCCAAAAAGAAGAACCCUGACAACUGCUAA